AUGCCGCGGGCCCAGCAGAGCCUGGAGAGCCCGCAGAGUGGUCAGAGACUGCAGACCACCAAGAUCACGAUUACGCCCUCGUCCACGUCCCUCACGGCCCCGUUUGUACUACUCCCCCUCCCCAUCUCGCUCCCGAUCGCUCCAUCCAAACGCACGCGAACCUCCGUGCGCCGCAAGCGCCGGAGGAUGGACAACGCGCUUCCAAGUCCGUCGCCUACGCCGGCCCCGCGCGACCCAUGGGCAGAGUACCGCGCAGUCCUGGCGCGCGGAGGUAUUGCCAUGCUGUCUCCGGCCGACGUGAGUCCCGCCAACCCAUGGUCAUAUGUGCACCGCCGUGAAGUCGAGGCAAUGGACGCACUGUGGGCUCGUCCGUUCGCUGUUGGAUCCAUGGUCGAGCGUUGGGGCAGUGGCGUCGAGCUUGUUUCGCGUCAACAAGGCAUUGGCGAACGCCUCGCACUACGAGGAUGCAGUACCAACAUGGAGGAGCAUAGUAGCUUUGAAUCUUCAUCCAUAGAGAUAGAGUCGCAUCAAGCGACCGAGAGUAGCCCCAUAGCAAUACAGGUAGACCCAUCCCCCGAGAGUAUACAGGUAGACCCAUCCCCCGAGAGUAUUCUACUCGAUUCGCCACCCCCCGAUCCACCCGAUCCCGAUCCACCAACUCCCGACGAGGGCCCGUUCUGGUUCGGACCCCCGCUGGUGGCGCGAUAUUCCCGCGGCGCACCGUAUACGCUUCAAGCGUGUCGGGCGCGGCAGGCUCUCAGCGACCUACUGCGCGCACCGUUUGGUAACCGCCAUUUCCGACUCGAGGAGGACACGGCUGUGUCGGCCCGCGUGCUGGCCACGCUGGAUCUCAACCUCCCUCCAGCAGUGACAUUGGCCGCUGGCGUUCCGUGGAGCCACGUUCUUGAUCAAUGGCCAGGCCACGUUGACGGCCUGACUGCCAUUGCGACCACCCAUCACGCGACGAUUCUAGGACUUUUACGGCUGGGCCGCUCGCCUCCCGGCUCGCCAAAUGACAUGGACGAGUCGGAGAGCGACACGGCGUUACCUUUUCUCUUUGUUCGAGACGCCGAUACGACGUCUCUCGCGGGAGCAAAGACUGCCCUGCUAGUCAGCAUGCGCGCUGCGCUCGCCAUCCUCGCCCGCCUCUAUACGGCUGGAGGCGCGCCACCACCUCCCGACAGUGCGGGCCAGGCAUUCGGGCUUUUGCAGAACGGCGAAGCUUGGGAACUGUACAUGAUGCACCGGAGCCCAGCGAGUCUCGGACCCUAUUCCGUGACACGUCUAUGGCAUGGCCGGAUGGACGUGGCAGUCGACGUCGUGACUUUCCAAACGCUGUGUGGCAACAUCCUCUCCAGCGUCGACGAACGUGUGGCUUUUACAGUCGAAUGUCUUCGGGGUAUACAUCGCUCGACCCGCCGUAUCCCCGGCAUUGUUAUUGACGAUACUGGAUCAGCGACGCCAGGCGGUGCCAGUGCUAUUGCGAGUGCUGGGGCAUCGUUCCUCGCCAGUAGUACGGGCAGUGGAGUACGGUCGUGCAAUCCUUCGGCAGACUUUCAUUUGGGCCUGUAUAGAGCAGGCGAACUUACGGUCGAGGAUCGAUACGAACGCAUCACGGCUUGGGUGCGCGAGACGAGGGCCUGUAUGGGCCUACACCGCCUACUGCAGAUGUAG